UAGAUGGAGGACCGGACGAGAAUCUGAGACAUUUAAAAAACAUUAAAUCUUAUUGUCAACUUUUUCAAAAAUUCAAUUUAGAUUACCUCACUAUACGAAUACAUGCUUCAGAACAGUCCAAAUAUAAUUCUAUUGAAAGGGGAAUAGCAAUACUGUCUGGAAAAUUGGUAGGUAUCACACUACCAAUUGAUCAUUUUGGAUCUUACUUAAAUUCACAAGACAAAGUGAUUGAUCCAAAGUUAGCUAUUCAAAACUUUUGA